AGCCGUGGCGCACUUCCGACCAAGGUGCUCUCUUCGCUUCCUGAAUUUAAGGAUCCGCCUAGAUCAGGUCGUUACGGAUUGGAGCGCCCUCCGCCCCAGACAGAGAGGAGCCGGCCGGCGGCUGGUCCCCGGUCUGGCUCUUUCCCGAGUGCCUGGCAAUGCCCUGGGAAUGCGUGAGGCUCCUGGCCAGGCUGCGGGGGGCUGACGGUGCUUCAGAGCUGGCGUUUGGCUCGUCCUCUAGGGGACCCGGGAGUUUGGGCGAUGGCAGCGGUGCUCCCUAUGGCCGGUUCCCAGGUAUUGGUGACAUUUGAAGAUGUGGCUGUAUACUUCACUAGGGAGGAAGUAAAGAAGCUAGAUCCCAUUCAGAAAGCCCUUUACAGGGAUGUGAUGUUGGAAAAUUAUGGGAAUAUGUUCUCCCUGGGAAUUCCAUUAUCCAAACCUGAUGUGAUCUGUCAGCUGGAGCAAGGGGAGGAGCCCUGGGGCCUGGAUCUAGAGAGAAUUGAGAGAAGAGGUAUAUCAGAAGCCUCUCACACAGAUUCCAAGGAAGGUCUUAAUAAUGGACAAGUGACGGCAAAGCAGAAAGUUUCUGAAGAAGUAGAAACACUGUGGGCAAUAUUUAGACAACCAAAGGAUGACUCCCAAGUUCUCACAUUUGCAGAAACCUGUAAACAUGAGCACAAAUUAGGAAGGCAGAAAGAAAACUCUGAGAAACAAACUCUGAGGAAAUCUCACCCCCAGGAGAGAUGUUUUGGGCAAGUGAUUCUCACUCACAAGAAAAUCCAAAUUGGAGAACAAGCCCAGGAGUGCAAUAAAUGGAAAAGAAAUUUCAAUUUGAACACAGAGCUUCUAACACAUCAGAAAGAUCUUAUAGGAAAGAAACCCCACAAAUGUGAUAUAUGUGUGAAGAGCUUCAAAUAUAAUUCAUUCCUAGUAAGACACUACCUAAUUCAUGAUGGAACAAAACAUUGUAGAUGUGAUCAGUGUGGAAAAACCUUCAGUCAAACUUCACAACUCAACCAACACCUAAAAAUGCAUAUUAGAGAAGAUCUGUAUGAAUGUAAUGAAUGUGGAAAAGCCUUUAGCCAGAGUUCAAACCUAAUUCAGCAUCAGAGAAUUCAUACUGGAGAGAAACCUUAUAAAUGUAACAAAUGUGGGAAUGCCUUCAGCCAGAAUUCAAAUCUUAUUCGACAUCAAAGAAGUCAUACUGGACAAAAGCCAUUUGCAUGUAACGAAUGUGGGAAAGCCUUUAGCCAGAGUUCAGACCUUAUUCAGCACCAGAGAAUUCACACUGGAGAAAGACCAUAUGUAUGUAAUAAAUGUGGAAAAGCCUUUAGUUCAAUUUCAACUAUUACUAAGCAUAUGAGAAUUCAUACAGGAGAAAAACCUUAUGAAUGCAAUGAAUGUGGAAAAGCUUUUAGUCAGAGCUCACAACUUUCCCAACACAGGAGAGUUCAUACUGGAGAGGGUCCCUACCAGUGUAAUGAAUGUGGAAAAGUCUUCAAUCAUAAAUCACACUUCAGUGAACAUCAAAGAAUUCAUACUGGAGAGAGACCCUAUGAGUGUAAAGAGUGUGGGAAGUCUUUUAAUCAUAAAUCAUCCAUUAUUGAGCACCAGAGGAUUCAUACUGGAGAAAAACCUUAUGAAUGUAAUGAAUGUGGAAAAGCCUUUAGCCAUAGCUCAAACCUUAUUCGACAUGAGAGAAUUCAUACUGGACAGAAACCAUAUGAAUGUAAUGAUUGUGGAAAAGCCUUCAGCCAGAGCUCUGACCUUAUUCAGCAUCAGAGAAUUCAUACUGGAGAGAGACCAUACACAUGUAAUAAAUGUGGGAAAACUUUUCGUUGGAUUGCAACCAUUACUAAACAUAUGAGCAUCCAUUCCGUAGAGGAUUCCUAUGAGUAUAAUAAAUGUGGGAAAACCUUUAGUUACAGGUCACAGGUUCAUGAACAUAAGAGAAUUCAUGCUGGGGUGGGGGGAGUAUGAAUGUAAUAAAAGCAUCAAAUAGAGCUUAGAUUUUAAUCAGCCAGCAACACAGAAUUCAUACUAGACAAAGUUCGUUUAGAGUUCAAAUAGCAGUUGAAUGUUUACACUGGAUCCUGGGCAUGUAGUGAUUAUGUAGAAAGCUUCAGCCAAACAAGUAGCUUUGGAUCCCAACUCCUGGAAAUUCUCCCUUUUUAUUCUAGCCUUCACUGUUUGCUCUUCCUUCUCAGAACUCUUGUAGUUAAUAUUGUCUGUUUUGACCAUUUGAGCACUGAAUCAUAGAAUGAUCUACUUCUGAAAGGAUUGUGUUCCAAAAAGUUCAUUUGUACACCUGUUAUUUGGAAUGCAUUUUCUCAUAGAAACAGUGUUAUAAUGAUGUUUCCCAGGCCAUGCCAUGAAACUCUACUUUUAACUUAUAGUGUAGCAGAACUGUAGUCUUUGCUAUUGCUAGGUCUGAGCUCUUGGUCCUGGAGCAAGGGCUGUAUAUUAGAAAAGAGAGAAAGAAGAAUAUCCUUCCCUUUUACUAAAGUACAAGGACAGGCCUUAGCAAAAUUUGGCAACAAAUAGGCUACCUUUGGCCAUUUUCCACUUCUUUUUCUGUGACCUGUAAAAGCAUGACUUUUCCCCAGUUUUUCCUCUUUUCCUUCUUCUCUUUUCCUUGUUCUUUUCUUCUGCAUCCAUUCCCAGAACUGAGCCACAGUGUCUAAUGGAAUGAAUAAUUUGCCAGAGGACACCUUCAGAGGUAGAAAAAUUUCCUUAAAUGCAUAGAGAUCUCUGAACAAUCUCCCUUCUCACAGAUGGAGUAGAUAACUGUGCUCUUUCCCUGCUACCUUGUAUCUUCUAUAAGUCUAAGAAUAGUAACCAGGAGAAAAGCUAAAGGAAGUAGGAGAAUACUUCCUUUGUCAAGCCCCUCAGACAGUCAAGAGGGUUUAAUGAGAAAACAUUACUGCGCUUAUCUAACACAAAACAUCUGUUUGGGGUUUUAUUUUGUUCUUUGCUUUAAUUGCACAGUAAAAGUUACAUAACACAGUUUCAGCUGAAUUAAGGAAAGCAGCAUUAGGGAAUGUCCUGGCCAAAAAGAGAAGACAUUAGUUAGCAUUUGUGAUGUGUCAUGAUCACAAAUAAUUGCAAUAUGAGUUUUUUUUAAAGAAAUGCAAAAUAGAAAAUUGUGUGUAAUGUUUAGAACAAGGUAAAUGGAUUUUAAAUGUAUUAUUCAAGACCUGAAUUUUAAAGUGAACCAUGAUUGCCAUUUUAAGAUGACAUGAUAAGAUUGAAGUGAAAAUGAUACAGAAAUUUAUUUGCCUGAAAGACCAAUGACAGAGAUCCAAGACUCAUCUGUAUGUAUAUGUUCUUAGUGCAUUUUUCUCAAAUAUGCACUGAAACUGACAAUGAACAUGUAGAACAACUGCUUUCUUAAGUUAUGUACUAGAAUAACGUGUUCUAAAUAUCAUUAAAAAUAAAUAUCCAUAGGGGCAGCU